AUGCCUAUCCCUGUAUUUGAUGAGUGGGCCAGCUCCCGCAGCCAGACCCUCUCCCUCUCGGCCUUAAAAGGCGCUGUGAUUGGUAUUCAUGCCUCUCACUACCUUGACCUCCAUCUCAACCAUAAUCUCACCAAAGAACCUCUUUUGAUUGCCUUGGGAGGGUUUCCCUUCGCCCUGAAAGCACAUAUCGAAAAGGAGCUCCAGGCCCUUAAAAAUGCUGGGAUCACUUGUGUUUUUGUUUUUGAUGGAUUGGAAAUUGGGAAGCCGGAACAGGACAUUGCGGCCCAGAAUCAGUCUACUCGAGCUUUGAGACAGGCUUGGGAAUAUUAUGACCAACAACAAGCCGACCAGGUGGUAGAUGCAUUCAGCACUGCUGGAAGUGCAAAGCCUGAAUCACUUUACAAAUUUCUUCAGCGAAUUUUAUUUGCAGAAGGCAUUGAGUUUAUCGUCGCCCCCUAUGCGGCUGCGCCCCAGCUUGCCUAUCUUGAAAAAGGUCCAAAGCAAUUUAUUGAUGCGAUUUUCGGACCAUCCGACCUUUUCCUCUUCGACGUUGAUAAGGUCAUAACCAAGCUUGACACGGAAAGCUUCCAUUUCAACUGGAUUACUAGACAAGCAUGCACAAAUGAUCUAAGCCACCUUACAAACGACCAAUUCAUCGAAUUCUGUCUACUUCUUGGCUCUCCCUACCUGCGCACUUUCCCUCCUUUUGAGAGCCACCCGUUCCCAGGGAAGGCGCUGAACAUUCGUGAUGCGUUAAACUUGUUCAACAACUUAGGAAGGAAUGCCAUUGCCUUAUGUACACAGUUUGAAGACGAUCAGCGCGUUCAUGAACUGCAGUAUUUGGAUCGCUUUAAACGUGCAUUCGUCACUUUGAAACACCACAUAAUUAUAGAUGUUGAUGGAAAAGUGGGACCUAUUAACCCAGAAAAUGCACCUUCUGAUCUGCAUGAAUUGGUGGGACAGCGAUUACCAGAAGAGCUCUACUUCUAUAUGUCUAAGGGAAUCAUUGGACCAAAUGUUCCGAAUUGGCUAACAUCCGGUGAAAUUCCGGUCAACCUUCCGCUUGGCGCAGAGGAAUCAGACGUGUAUCGCCGCCUUGUAUCUGACAUGCUCACCCCUGCCCGCACUCAGUCUAUUUGUCUUCUUUCUAACUCACUCCAUCGAUUCUAUCAGACCAAGGCCAUUCAUAUUCGCCCUUGGUAUGAUAACAAGUCUGAUCGAAUAAUUAACCUGAAAACAUUGCCGUCUGUUAGGGAAGUGCUUAUUCCAUGGCGUCUUCGCCAAUCUCAGCUCCCGGAGAAAUUACGAGAACUCCAGGGCUCCUCCCCGCUCAUUACUUCAUCCUUAACGAUCGCGAAAGACCCAGACUUUGUAUCAAAGUCAUUUGUGGCUAAGGAUGCGCCUCAACUCUCAACGAAAGCAGAAAUUCUUUCAAAUGUUAUGUGGCGAUUCCUUCAGCUUCGUGGUUAUAUCGACGACAAACACCAACUUACAGCGUGGGGUCUAGCUCUGGAAAAGGGACUCUCUUGUUUGAAUCCAUAUGAGCAGGAAAACCUAGAAGAGCCUACCUUUCUGGCAGUAGAAAUGCUACGUCUGGGGAUUCUUAAUUCAAAGGAAUUAUUUGUUAACACGUCCGGAGGCCCAAUGAGAGGCAGUGCGGAAGAAAGAUCUUUCAAUUUAUUAAUAUCCCGUGUUGCAUGUUUCGGAAAAAUUCGCCAUAAAUCCAUUGGCUAUUCUGGACCAUUGAGCAGACAGCUCCUCUCCUUUCAUUCUUUAGUUUAUGCAAUUCGCUCAACUCUUCGAGAUUUGAUCGAGGUGAUACUGGCUGGCCUUCUCCUUGGAGGAGAGGCUGAUCGUGAGCGAAGCGAUUGGUCUAGUUUAGGCCUCAGUUUACCGUUUAUUGAUGAUAAUGACUGCGGCCUUGGUAUUGCCAUGCGCACGUACCUCGAUGACUUACCACAACAAACUGACCCCACAUCGGCAUCCGUCCGGGCAGAAGUCAAAGCGAAAGGAAAAGACUGGUUCCAGCAUAGCCAUAGCUUUGUUGAGAAUCUGGAUAUCGCCUGUCACCUCUGGGAUGCGGUGUAUACGGUCUCUCAGAAAGCGCCUACGAAAGAUUUUAAGGAUGCCAAAGUAUGGAGCGACACGAACAAGUGGCUAGAAGAGCGAAGGGCGAUGAUGGACGAUGACCUGAUGGAAGUGCUGUGUCCGCGUCGAAAGGAGUACCCCGAGCAUUUCCGUAAGGAGUUUCUACGGAGGAUAAGAGGCGGGAGUGUGCAGCCUGGGAUGGUUUGUUUUGUUGCGGUUACGGAUCCUGGGGAUGAUAAGGAUGGUGGUAAUGCGGGCAAGAUUGUUGGGUAUUGUGUGUGGAAACGAAGGGGUAGCGGACCCGAUGCGAGAAAGUGGCAGAAGGAGAAUGAAGGGGCCAUGAAUAAAAUCUACGCCCGGUAUUAUAGUCUCCUGAAAUGGGCUGUUGACCAUUUCAAGCUGGAUAAAAGUGUCGACCCUGAAAUGCUUGCAAAAUAUGUCUCGUCUACGGGUGAUCACUUCUCUUCACCAAUCUUCUCCGAAAUGUGGUAUAUCGCCGCGCUCGCCGUCGACCCAGUGUAUCAGCGUCGUGGCAUAGGCAAGCUGCUUGUCAAAUGGGGCAUCGAGCAGGCUCGGCGCGAGAAAGUGCCGAUAGGAUUAGAAGCGAGUCCCAAAGGAAAGGGGUUGUACGAGAAGUUGGGCUUCAGGACGGUGAAGGUAACGGAGUGGAUGCCAGGGAUGACGGACCCGGUGAUGGUAUGGGAGCCGGAAGGCCUAAGCGCGGAGGAAAGCUGGUUUGCGCGGGCCAGAAAGCAGGCGGAGCGGGCGAGCGGUGGAGCUAAGGCGUAG